AUGCGUGCUUUUCUGGUAAAACUGAACUUCGGUCUGCGAGACCUUUCUUUUCUCGAAUUGGGGAAAUGCGGAUCCAUGCAAGGUGGUGUGCAUUAUGACCGAGGAGAAAUUCGAGAACGAAGAACGACUGAGGUUUACAUGGAAUGGUUCGAUGUGGAUGAGCAUCGGUACAAGUUGACGUGUAUUCCAAUGCAUGUCCACAAAUUGGAGGAUAGGGUUAAGCUUGGAGCACCUUGUUCGAGACAACAUUGUCUGGUGAAGAUUUUUUCCAUAGGAAAAGCUCUCAGCAGUGGUGAAUUCGUGUUGAAACCGAAUGAAAAAUUAGACCCCCGGUUCUGCGUGACUGUCCAAAUCAACCGAAGGGAAGUUUUCUCACUUCAUGAGAAGGGAUCGAUGUUUACAUUGAAGCAUGGAGAUAUCAUUGAGUUCUUCCUCCAAGGCAUUCGUGAGUUGACUUGCACAAUUGAAACUGAGCUGGAAGCUUGGCUUUUGAGUGAAGUGAUGCUCGUGAAACAGCACCUUACUGAUUAUUUUCUUAAAAUUCAAGCGAUGAAGCCGGGGGUCAUGUUUCUCUUGACCAAUGAAUGUUCGGUGCAAGUGCCGCAAACGUCAGCACUGCUGUCAUGUCCUUGGCCUGUUCUGCAAAAAAUUUUCCAGUUUUUGACUCCCUUUGAAACCAUGGAAAACCUCAUUCCGAUGCUUGUAGUGGACGUUCGACAGCUUUGGGGACGAGGAUUUGAAUUUUUACAGAGUAUUUUGUGUUCAUCAUUCGAAUCGGAUGACUGGAGCAUUCUGAAGUUGCUGGAAAUAUAUCCUUCUAAUCGUAAGGAUUUCCUGACAGCACUCCUGGAAAACAGACAAUUCUGCGCUAAAUUGGAAACCCUGGUGGUUUCUUGCGUUGAUUGCGUUCGCCUCUUAUUCCGGGGUAUAACUGGAGAAGGAUCCGAAAUUUGUUUCCCAAAUGUUCGAGAAGUUACUCUGCUGUGUUCUUUGCAAGCAGACUUCUCUGAUGUAGAUUUGAAGCUGAUUUUUCCGAGGCUACUGAAAUUUAUCUGGUUCCAAAAUGUACGAGUGUCACCGUCGAAUCCAAUAGACCAUAUACUGGAGAUGCCGAAUGUGGAGAAGCUUUGGUUCAGAAAUGUUCAUUCAGAUACGUUUCCUGAAUCGAUGCCGCUAUAUUUCUUCGACCGAAGACCGAAAGAAUGGCUUGAAAACAUCAAACUCAUUUCCGCUGAUCAGUGGGAGAGGGUCAUGUUUCUCUUGACCAAUGAAUGUUCGGUGCAAGUGCCGCAAACGUCAGCACUGCUGUCAUGUCCUUGGCCUGUUCUGCAAAAAAUUUUCCAGUUUUUGACUCCCUUUGAAACCAUGGAAAACCUCAUUCCGAUGCUUGUAGUGGACGUUCGACAGCUUUGGGGACGAGGAUUUGAAUUUUUACGGAAUAUUUUGUGUUCAUCAUUCGAAUCGGAUGACUGGAGGAUUCUGAAGUUGCUGGAAAUAUAUUCUUCUGGUAGUGAUGAUUUCGUGACAGCACUCCUGGAAAACAGACAAUUCUGCGCUAAAUUGGAAACCCUGUUGGUUUCUUGCGUUGAUUGCGUUCGCCUUUUAUUCCGGGGUAUAACUGGAGAAGGACCCGAAAUUUGUUUCCCAAAUGUUCGAGAAGUUACUCUGCGGUGUUGUUUGCAAGCGGGCUUCUCUGGUGUGGAUUUGAAGCUGCUGAAAUUUAUUUGGUUCCAAAAUGUACGAGUGUCACCGACGAAUCCAAUAGACCAUAUACUGGAGAUGCCAAGUGUGGAGAAACUUUGGUUCAGAAAUGUUAAUUCAGAUACGUUUGCUGAACCGAUGCCGCUAUAUUUCUUCGACCGAAGACCGAAAGAAUGGCUUGAAAACAUCAAACUCAUUUCCGCUGAUCAGUGGGAGAGGUAUAUCCCGUAUUCCAGGCUGAUCAACUUGGAAUUGGUUGCAUUCUUUUCGCGAGACAAGACGACUGGGGUCAUAGAUACAGAUGUUGAUGGAACACUUCCUCUAUCCCUGGAGACCAUUUUUAAGGAACUUCGCAACUGUUCGAAGCUUAAAGGACUAAUCCUACACAUUCCGGACGGUUUCCGGUGCGCAGUUCUCAACGAACUGCCCCGAAAAUUGGAGUUCGUUGCAAUUUCUGGAGCUAGCACUGAUGAAGUGAAAUCUGUGCUUGAAUGCCUUUACCCUGAUCAAACGCGUCUCGAGGAAGUGUGGAUUCGAGUGUUCAAUACAUCGAUUCGAAGUUUUCUGGAUGACGGUGUGAUUUGCCUGCCUUUCUCUCCUGACUCGUGUUUCUCACUGUUCCAGAAACUUGGAUUUGAGGAAAACAUCGAACUUUUAAUGAGAUUCAAACAUCUCAAAAGAGUCGUGUUCGUUUAUAAGCCUUGUUCCCCUCCCCGAAGGAGUUUCGACGAUGAUGACUCUUACGACGACUAUUACGAGGAGGAGUGUGGAAUUAUGCAAGACCAGCUCUUGCGUGAUUUCGAAAAGAUGCUGCAGGAAUUUACAGAUAAAAAAGGGUGUUGCUGGAAACAAGCGACCUUGCUAUACGAGGGUCCUCGUGAGACGGAAUCUUUGACCUACAGUUUCGAUUUGCGAAAGAAAACAGAAUUCUCAUCAUUUGCUGUCACGAAGUUCUUCUCUGACUGGUUUGCGUAUGUUUCAGAUGUUAAAGAACCUUCUGAGUUCAAUGCAGCCGACCUGAUUUCAGCUCUUUUUCCCGAACAUCAAGUAUAA